UAAAGGUGGCUAUAAGCUGCAAAGCACUUUCCCUGUCUGCAACAAUCUCAGGUUUAGUAACUUUAUUGGCUCAUUUUAUACUUCUUUUACUGUUAGACUUUAGGAGGUAAAUGAGAGGAGGACUGAGGAAUAUUCUUCAUUUCUACAUGGACGUCCACCACAGAUGCGGAGGCUCAGGUAUAACUUCGGCUCUGGAAUAAUAUUUGGACUGACUGAUCAGAACUUUCCACUACACAUUGGGGGAAAUUUAUGAAACCUGUUGCCAUGGCAAACCAAUCAAAAUGCUUCUGAAAAAUAAAAGAAGUGAUCUGAUUGGUUGCUAUGGGCAACUGCCCCACUGAUCCUCUGCACAGGUUUGGAUAAAUCUCCCCCAAUAUAUUUCUGUUUAAUCUGGAAAAGUUCUCUGUCCAUUCAUGGUAUUGGAGAUAUUGUGCAGCUGGAAGGAAGCAACAUGGCCGCCAGGCUGUGGUGAUGUCACAUUCUAAAUGACAUCACAAAGAACCAGAAGCAAUGAAACCCCUGCGCACAGACAUUUCAGCACCUUUGGAUUCUUUACUUAGCGGUGAAGACUUCAAUUCACUUAGGAAGGGCGAGCUAAAUCAUAUAUUUGGCGUUUACUUCCUGCUUUGUGUUUUUGUUAUUUUCAUUUUAUUUACUUUAUUACAUCCGGGCUAAAACCACCUGAGUCUAGAGAGGGAGGACCUACCUCCAUCCCAGGACCCAUGGGUUCCCGGGAAGUGCGCGGCAUGAAUGCCGGCAAUAUCGCAUGGCUGCAGCGUCCAGAAAAUGCGGGCCAGACUAUUCGCCGGGAACGGCUAAGAUCUGAUCAGCGUAGAAGGGCGGAGAGGAUGCAGGCCAGGGCUGAUCUUCAGCGGGGAAGACCAUUGGGAGGAAGGGACAGAGGCCGCCCCCAAGUGAGACCACCACCAGCUGAGGGCAACCAUGAGCGAGAGUGGCCCCCCCAGAUACCAGCCGACAGGCCCAGCAGGAGGGAGACCAUUCAAAACCUGCCCAGACGUCCAUCAAGACCUGAGGAGAUGUGUGCCAUCUGUCUGGCAGAGUAUGAAGAGGGAGAAGUGGUCACUGUCAUUACAUGCGAGCACCAGUUCCAUCACCCGUGCAUCGCCCGGUGGCUACUAACAAAAUCCCACUGCCCCCUGUGCCGAGAACGCUGUUUCCCUCGUAGGAGAUAAGCAAAAAAUAAAUUAAUUAACAACUUAAUUACUGAAGUAGUUCUUUAAGACAAGUAUUCAUGUGUAUGUGGAGAUUUGGAGAGAAUGCAGUUGGCCGACAGCUAUCAGAAAUGUACCACCAGCUUAGGCCUGUGUCAGGGAAGAGGUAAAAUAGAACCUUUAUGGGGGUACAGGCCUUGGGAGGGAGAUUCCUAUGAUAAUGCUGUGUGUACUGGUUGUACUAGCCUCCUCUGACCAGCACCAUAGAA